GCAGGCUGCGACGCCGGCGGCCGGCCUGAGCACAAGCGGCGGAGGUGUGUAGCGGAGCCGGGCCUGGGCAGACGCGGGCCGAAGCACCUAGCUCAGCGGCGGCGGCUCCGGGGUGGGGGCGCCAGCGGCGAAGCCCCCUCCCCGGGGAGGCGGGGCCGGGCCGGCGCCUUGGAACCAUGCAUCAGAAGCUGCUGAAGAGUGCGCACUACAUCGAGCUGGGCAGCUACCAGUACUGGCCGGUCCUGGUGCCCCGAGGCAUCCGCCUCUACACCUAUGAACAGAUCCCGGUGUCCCUCAAAGACAACCCCUACAUCACCGACGGCUACCGGGCCUACCUGCCCUCCAGACUGUGUAUCAAAAGUUUGUUUAUUCUGUCCAAUGAGACGGUAAACAUCUGGAGUCAUUUGCUGGGUUUCUUUCUCUUCUUCACCCUGGGGAUCUAUGACAUGACAUCCGUGCUGCCUUCAGCCAGCGCAUCCAGAGAAGACUUUGUGAUCUGCUCCAUUUGUCUUUUCUGUUUCCAGGUCUGCAUGCUUUGCUCAGUAGGCUAUCAUCUUUUCUCCUGUCAUCGGUCAGAAAAAACCUGUCGGAGAUGGAUGGCAUUGGAUUAUGCAGGAAUUUCUAUUGGAAUACUGGGCUGCUACGUCUCGGGAGUGUUUUAUGCAUUUUAUUGCAAUAAUUACUGGCGUCAAGUGUACCUGAUCACCGUGCUCGCCAUGAUCCUGGCAGUGUUCUUCGCCCAGAUCCAUCCCAGUUACCUCACACAGCAGUGGCAGAGGCUCCGCCCCAUCAUCUUCUGUUCUGUUUCGGGAUAUGGAGUGAUCCCUACUCUUCACUGGGUUUGGCUCAAUGGAGGAAUCAGUGCCCCUAUUGUACAGGACUUCGCGCCCCGAGUGCUUGUGAUGUACGUGAUAGCUCUUCUUGCUUUCCUGUUCUACAUUUCCAAAGUCCCGGAACGGUACUUUCCAGGACAACUAAACUACCUCGGAUCAAGCCACCAGAUCUGGCAUGUCCUUGCAGUAGUGAUGCUGUAUUGGUGGCAUCAGUCAACCGUGUAUGUCAUGCAGUACAGACACAGCAAGCCUUGCCCUGCCUAUGGUUCCCGCCUGUGACUCCAGACAGGGUCCCACUCUGUAGCCCUGGAACUUGCUAUAUAAACCAGGCUGGCCUUGUGGUCGUAGAGAGCCACCUGCCUCUCCCUUCCGAAGGCUGGGAUUAAAGGUGUGUGCCACCAUUCCCAGCCUUAUAAGUUUUACUUUAAUUCUUAAAAUGCCUGGUUUCUUUUUGUCCAUGAAUUGUAGUAACUGCGGAAUGUAUGACACACAUAAGAAGUGCAUACUUUGUUCUCAGAUAACUCUUCUUUAAAUUCAAGACCUAAGUCUAACUGUAGGGACAGUUAUUCCAUGCUCUCUGAAAUGUUCAGUAUUGUAAAAAACAAAAAAAAAACCUAUUGUUCUCAUCUAUCUUUAUAAUGUAUUUAUUAUAAAGGAAUGACUGUGGAUUGCUGCCAAUUCUAAACACUUCUGUAUGUCAGCAUUUAUUGACCAUCUACUGUGUGCAUAGCACUACUGAUAAAAAAUUAUUCAUAUUUAAAUAUUUGACAUUUGCUUAAAAUCUGAGCUUUGUAAUAAUGUAUAGUUUUGUUUUUAUUAGUUUAUUAAAAUAAGUUGAAAAUUGUAUUUCCAGCUACAGUAUUUUAAGAAAGCUAGCCUCACUAGCUAUACAAACUAUAAAAGCUAAGACUUUUUUUAACUAUCUGUGACUGUUGUAAAUUAUAACAAUUUAUAGAGAUACAAUUAACUCAGUUAACAAACAAUCAUCUUCCUCUAUAAAGCCAUUUUUCCAACAGCGAGACAUUGUUCAUCUUUGUGGCUUAUACUGAGUGCAGUUAAGUAGCUGCAUGGCAACGUGUGCAUAUGUAAAUAAAUACAGUUUACUACA